AGAACCGGAAACAUGGUACGAAGUGGUGAUGAGUGGCAUAUCGCAGGGUGUCGAAGGCGAAUCGGCCGUUCGCUCCAUUCAGACUUGGGCGUGGCAGGCGGGCGAAGCGGUGCUGAUGCCACUUCCGGCACCAACCCACCUGUUUGCCGAGCCCGUGUCACCCACCGCCAUCAACCUGACGUGGAUGGGGUCAGUCCCACCCGCCAACGUGUCCCACUACACAAUCAGCUACCACCUGGUGCAGACCGCUCUACCUCUUCACAACUCUUCUAUCUAUUUUUUAAACAGUAUAAGCACCGGAGUUCAAAUAACUGGUCUGAAGGCGUACACUCUGUACGAGUUGAAAGUGAGGACGCACGACGAGAAUAACAGGCACAGCGAGUACAGUCAGAAGCUCGAGUGUCGCACACUCGAAGAUUGUGAGUGCAUUAUACCUAUUCAAUUUAUAAAUUUCAAAUUAAUACACCCACCUACAUGGUAUCAAAUAUUUGGUUAAAAUCAAUUCAAGAUGAUAAUCUGAU